CUUUUUUCUCUCUUCUUCAUAGCAUCUUCUCGCGCAUCCGCCUCUCGUUUCCUUUGGAGCAAACAGCGAACCAGAAGAUUGCCGGCAGCUGGGGAACGCAAUCAGACGGCUAGAUAUGGCUAUCCAUCCACCGCUGCUGCAUCAGCAGCAACAACCGCUGCCCAAGGCCUCCAUCGCUCGCGCAGGCGUCUAUCCGUCCUUCCUUAAACGUGUUCCGGCCCCAAAGGGUGGAUGGGCCCCUUCAGACCGUCAGAUGGGAAUGAACAAAAGAAGGAUGUCCGAUGCACAGAGAGAGGAUAUCAGGCGCAUCGCAGAUGCGAUCUUGGAUCCUGAUGCCAAUGGUUCGGGCCCGAGCGAUCCUCGAUUAGUAACGACUUCGAGCCUCAUCCCCAACACGCAUUACAAACUUACCCUCCGUCCGUCCAACCCAUCAGACAACCUGCAUGGCCCAUUUCCACCUGCACAUCCAUCACACGCGCACAUUCACGACCCACCCAUUCUGGAAGUCACAGAUGUAGCGGAUCCUUUCGACCGCUACACUUUCUCAUGUACAUCAAAUGCCCUCGCUGCCGUCGCAUCACACGCAGGUUGGGAUGCUGAAGAGGAUGACAUUGAAUUUGACGAUGAUGGUAGGGAGAACCGGAAAGGAUUCGGGCGCAAGGUAGCGCAUGACAAGAGAGAUGGAACUGGGAUACCGGACGAGGAGGAAAAUGACGAAUACAAGUCGUUGUUCGCAAAGUUUGCAAAAGUUCUGAAAUCGCUGUUGAGGAAAUGCGAGGAUGAGCCAAAACAGUACUCCAUUACUGUCUCACAUACACCAGCGACAGCCCCCGCGGCGAGCACGAUCAUUUUGAGAGUCUACAAGCAACUCCCUGUGUCCAGCGCUGCGGAGCGGCAAAGUAUCUCAGGCCGCGACGCCCCACCCUCGCGCAAAACAAAACCACGCUUGAUGCUCCAUUUGGUACUCCAAAAGUCGGACUGGGAAAACACCAAGCGGGAUAUGUGGGGAGAGAUUGUGAGGUUGAGGAAACACAACGAUGCGUUGACCCUCCGUUUGCUGCAAACCACCGAAUACCUUUGCAAGCACAAGCCGUCCCUGCUGCCGACCUCUUUAGCCAAGGCGCUACUACAUCCUCGAUAUGAUUCUCCGUUCAAAGGGUUGGCUGGUGCGCACGGGAUAGGGUCUGAUGGCACUGACAGCGAUAGAGAAGUGAUAGAGGCACAGCCACUCAAGCUUAACAUAAUAUACCCACCUGCACCAGCACCAAUCCCACACAACACACCCGUACAACCGCAUAUGCCUGCAUCUGAGCCUGCGCCUUUGCCCAACACAUUACCACCGGACGCACAUCAUCAUCACUUCUGCCGCAGGCAUCACUGCUGUCGUCACCUCUGCGACAACAAGCAUGCUCAUAAGCAUUACGCCUCUGAUGUGUCGGCGGCUUCGUCGCACCAACAUCAGUCCCAUCAGCGAACCCGCCGUCAUCACGAGAGCAAGUCUUGCUCACGAUGCAUCCGCAGAGCGCAACGUGCAGGCAUCGACAUCACUUCCCCUGCCUUCCAUCAUCAGUCACACCCCACAGUCGCCCCACCGAUCGCACAUAAUCCACAUAUGUAUGCUCCACCCGCUCCACCCCACCAGCCAUCCUCACACAUGGAAAAGGAAACCUUCAUUGCAACCCUCCACCGGCACACCCGCCUUCUCCACGACUCAACCCGCGGUGCGCGGCGAGUUGGCUAUUACACCCUCACCCUUGCGCACUCCACACGCCCGUUCGAGCAUUUCACGAGCGGGAGGAUCACCGAGGCGGGGUGGGUAAGGACAAUGCUGGGUGGCCAAGCGGGUGCAGAUGCUGGGGAGUAUGAGGAUGUGGAGGAUUGGGAAAGUGGGGGAGGGCAGGCAAGCGAGGGAGUGAAGGAUGUGCUGUUUGGGGAGUACAUCAAAAAGUGUGACAGUGAGCCGGGGGUGUAUCGUGCGGUGUGGACGGCACAUCCGGCGGCGGCUAGGGACAUGUUUACGGCGAAUAUGGACCCCACGCAGUGUCGUUCCACCCAUCGUCACCCGAGACAUAAACAUUCGCACAAUCACAAGCAGUGGUGUAUCUACCACGACACGACCGCACCACCAGGGCCAAACGUCGCCGCGACCGCCACAGCACCUAUCAGCUACGCCACUUCGCCCGCAGAUUCCUCAACAUGCACCCUCACAUUGCAAACACGCGACCCACCCGACAAGCGGUGGCACACCGUAGUCGCUCUCCCCUUCCACCCUACUUCAAACGCCACGGUAAUGCACGAGCUACGCGCCACAUAUUUCGCGCUCACCGAGGAAGUCGAGGAGAAAGCGGGGCGGCUGCGUGGCGUUGUGGAGGGCUGUGUCUGCUCGGAACCGGGGAUUGUGCGCGGGCUGGGCGAGUGGGUGAGCGUGAUUGGGCGUGGGCAUGGGCAUAAGGAAGAUGGUGCCCAUGGGGUUGAAAAGAGGGACAGAAGGCCGCUUAGCGAGAUUGGCGGAGGAGGAAGGAUGUUUGUUAACCAGGCGAGCCGGCCGCCGGAUGUGUUUUGGCGCGAUCUGGAUCCUUCUACAAUCCUCUCCCGCCGGAAAGAGCAGGAUUCCCCACGGCAUCAACCGGUUGCUAGUGCUCAGACACUACAGCCACCGCCGCCCAAGGCCACCCACGCGGUUCCGCCACUGCCGCACCGUCGCCCUCGCCAACAGGCUGUCGACACGAGCAAAAACCUUGCACAUUCCACCAUCGCUCAAGCACCACCUUCUACACAAACCGAUACCCACGCAUGCAGCCGCCCCGGACGCCACGCCCGGCGCGACCGCAACCACAUCCAGCGCAUGCAAUCCCGCAGCCGCAGCCGCAACCCAUCACCAUCAAAAUCCAAGCGGCGCGCCGCUGCAGAACAGAAGGCAAAAACCUUAGGCGAACUGCAACGCGCGUUGGAUUUACUGAAUGAGCGUGCGGAGAGAGUGAAGGUUGUUGCACGGGAGGCGCAUCACGGCGGAGAGGUUGAAGAUGCGCGAUCUGAGCGUGUUGCUGUCCGUGAUGAGGAUGAUAUGGCCUAUGAUAGAACUGGGCAUGAGAGUGCGGAUGCGUACGCAUCGGCCUCCGAGCGCAGUAGAACUACCUCUGAGAGAUUGAGAGAUUACCUCGCGACAGUUCCACCGCCGCGGGCGUUUCUGCGGCCGCGCAGGGAACUCUCGGGGGGCUCGGAUGGCGACUCCGAUGAUGAAAAGGAAAGCGAGCGAGGGUGGCCGCGGAACUGGCGGCCGCAGCGUGAUGCGCGUAUGGCGUGGUAAAAGGACUCAUGUGUUUGAUCUGUGUGAUGACGGGGAACGAGGCAAGCGGCGAGGAAGGGGCCGCCGCCGCUGCCCAUUUGCGCAUUCCGGCCGCUGCGUUUGCUGAGCGAGAAACCAAGCCUCAAAGGCCUCCCUCCCUCGCAUCAUUUGCGUCCCAUAUCUCAUGUGCACGUAUG